AUGGCCUCCUGGCACCACUCCUGGAAGAGGCGACUCACAUUCUGUCAUCCUGCCACGAAGAAGAUUCACUCGUGGGUUAUGGAGACUGGUCCUGCCAUGAAUGAAGCUGCGAGUGGAUGGGGCAUGGGUUGCUGGUUGUGCCACCACAUGGGAUGCAAGUCAGCCUUCGGUCGACUUCGAGUGCAAAGCGCCGGGACGGUGGCAAUUCAGAACUUGCUCACGCAUGCUCAAGGUGAGAAGCACAAGGCGGCCCUGGUUAAGUUGCAGGCCUCGUUGGAGCCAGCCGGCACUUCAGAGGACAUUGCCCUCGACAUCGAAGGUCACGUUUCUGGCCUGAGCUCGCAGGUUCCCAGAGUUGACCGCUUUGUGGCAGCGGCAACCUCUGUGAUCAAGUACGAUACGUAUGACUCGUACAAGGACCGGCUGAGUCAGCUGUCCAUCCACUCAAGCCUGGAGGUGGGCGGCAAAGGCAGCCAACAGGAGUUCAAGCAGAUGGUCGCAUGCUUGGAUGGACCAUUGCAGGACCGCAACAGGCGAGUCAUCAAGAAAGCCAUCUGCAGCAGCAUUGCCCUGGACAAGAGUGAUGACAAUCUUAUCAUGAUAGCCAGGGUUCUGAUCCCGGAAGGGAUCUUCGAUGCCAUGCUCGGCUUGGAGAGUAAUGUUGGCCCUGACGCGGAGCAUGUGACCCAAGCGAUUCAAAACAUCGUCCAGAGAGCCUGUGUCAACCAGAAGUCCCGGCGAGACGUGAAGGUCUCAUUGUAUGAUUCCAAAGACGACAAGUUGGAUGAGGAGGCCAUGGCAGGUUUCCUCGCGAGUAUUCGAUCGGCCGUGGCCGACGGAGGACAGAAAGCUCUUUUCCAUUGCUCCCCGAGUUGCAGUGUCUUGGAGCCCACGCGGCAGGCCAAUCCAUACUUUCCCAACCUCUCCCUCAUUGACAGGGACCGUCCCCAUCGACAUCGUAGUGUCAUUCGAGGGGUGUGGAGCAACCUGCAUAGCACGGUUCGUGAAUUCUUGGACAUGCUCGUGACUGGCCAGCGCAGUUUGUGCAAGUUGAUCCAAACCAGCAAGAGGUACGCCACGUAUUUCGCCUUGGCACAGACCGGUGUCAAAAUUGAGGAGUUUGGACACACCAUCCGCAACCUUUCGUACAGCGAGGUCAGAUUCGAUUCUCGCUCGAGGCCGUUGUUCCGCCUCUUCAAAAUCCUGCCAGCUGCGAUCGACACGCUGCGGUUCUUAGUGGAGGGCGGAUCUGCCGAGGAACGCUGCCACGCAACAACCCUGCUGGCCAUGUUUGCCGGUGACGAGGGGUUCGUGAGGGUGGUUUCGGCGGCGGUGGCCGCCGACGCCCUAGUGAUGGGGUGGCACUUUAUAAGGCUGGACGAUGAGGCGGCGGCUGAUGCGAGCUUGAGCGGGCCACGGGCAGCGCAACUGCUGCACGAAAUGCGUCAAAUGCUGGAUGCUGGCGGCCUCUUCAUGCAGGAGGCCACUGGGACCUUGACACACGCGGCGCUGGAGGCCAUGAAGAACCGCUUGGUGUAUGUCGGUGAAAACAAAGCUGUUGCCUUGAAUUGGCCGGCAGCGGAGGGCAAGCGCCGACGCCCUCGCUCACUGGCCAAAGAGUGA